AUGAGGACAAAGGACAUGUUGUGGGAUGAAAGAAGUGAUGAUGAUGGAGGUAAUGGCCUUCGAUAUGAACAGAAGACGGUCAGGGUGAAUCGAGGAAACAUGGAGAGGCAGGAGGAGGUGAAAGUGAAGGAUGGGAUCCCAGCCACUAGUGUAAGUCCUUAUGAAAGUCUCCAGGAACUGGAUUCCCUGGAGAAAGAUAACCAUCCUUCUAACCACGAUGAUGAUGGGUCGUGGAGAUCCAGCAUGCCUCCUUACGUCGUUGCUAACCCCGAUUCCUUGCAAGACACCUCCAUUGGGACAGGAAAGAAGAAGAAAAGGGGAGAGGAGAGAAGGGAGAAAGAGAUGAUGGAUAGGGGAGAGACCGAGGAAGUGAAGCGGAAGAAGACGAAGAAGAAAAAGAGCGGGAAAGAGAAUCGAGUAAACUUGUGGGAGAAGUCCCUGUCUUCAUCAUCUGAAGAGGAUGUGUCUGGUACUGCUUCUACUGUGGAUUCAUCUCUUCAUCCAAACAGUGAAGAUGAUCCUGAUAUCAAUAUCCUCCCUCAACAGCUCUCAUCUGCAUCUGAUCCACUGAGUCUUCCUAAUCCUACAGAGAAGACCGAAACCCCCAAUUAUGAGGAGCACCAGGUUCACUCCUUCAAUAAGGUGAAGUCCCUGAGUACAGGCAUGCUGAAUGGAGGGAACUUGAGUGAGAGAACAAGGGAACCUAUCUUCACAGGGAUCUCAGUCAAGGCCUUGAUAUUCAAGAAAGCUGUAAAGUGUGCCAGCUUCAGCAAUCUAAUGAAAGCGGACGUGAAGGAGAGGCCAUCGAUUCACACAGGAGUUCGUGUGAGCUCCUUGAAGAGCAGCUUUACAAAGGGGGACACAGGAGGAGAGAUUGCAAGACGCAUCAUCAGAACUCGCAUCGACAGAGACAAAGUUGCCCAAAAAUUCAAUCAGACGACAGAUGAAGGCUGUGGAUCUCAAGAGUGCUGGGGAUGUGGGAAGCAAGUUUUCCAGAUGGAGCAAGUCAAGGCUGCUAAAGGUGUCUUUCACAAAAACUGCCUUCGAUGCAGAGAAUGUCAAAAAGUCCUCACGGUGGAUACAUAUUGCAGUCAUGAGGGUGAGAUCUAUUGCAAACCACACUUCAAGCAGUUAUUUCAACCUAAGGCUGUGAUUGUGGAUUCUCAUGACCCAGUUCCUAUUGAGCCAGAACUGAUCAUUCGGGAAAAUGAACCUGUUGACCUCCCAGCGGAUGUGGUUCGAUCUUCUCAAAAGAUGGAUUAUGGUCUUGAGGAAUUGGCCAACCUGGCUGAUGUGCGCUCCAAAUUUCUUGCAUUUGAGCAAUUGAAGAAUGAUGAGGAAGAUGUGCAUGUUGAAAAUGUCAGCGUGAAGAGGUCUCCCAGUAUCCUGAAUCGCAUUGCCAAGUUCCAAGGGGGAGAAAAGGUGGGCAUUCCAGAUGAAGAAUUGAAUGGAAAGCUUCAAGAUGAUGAUGCAGAACAAAAUGAGAGUGAGAGUGAGAAUGAUGAUGAUGCUGAUGCUGAUGCUGAUGCUGAUGCUGAUGAUGUCAUCCGAAGCCGGAAGCACAUCAAGGAAGAGUAUACAUUUCAUGGCCUGAAUGAGAUCCGUUCCAAGUGGGAAUCCCCACAUGUUGACAAAAAGGAGAUGAGCCAUGAGAAAAGGCGGGAAGAACAGGCAAAAUUCCGCCAACUCAUCUGUCGGGGGAAAUCUGGGAAUGUGAAGGCCCUGUAUGAGAACAUCCUCCAGGACCAGGAUGGGAAGGACAAACCAACAUGCCCCAAAGAAGAGAUCCUGAUGGAAGGGGAAGGCAUUGCACAAAGCAUCAGGGAGAAGUUUGAGAAAGGACUCAUAGAUGAAGAGAAGGAAUUGCGAAAGUCUGAGCUCAUCGUAUUCUCUGAAUCUGAGGUAUCAAGAGGUGCACGGAGUUUGUUUAGAGAGUUGGAUGCCUCCUUGGCCAAGUCACCUGAACAGCAGUCUCCAAAGAAGGCAAAAACUGAGAGCCGUUGGUCCAAGGAAAUAUCAAGCCCAUUGAUGAGCCCACCAGUGAUGGAUGAAGUGGCCCGUGCCUCUGAUCAGGUGGAUGAUGUCAGCGUCGAGACAAGUGACAUCUCAGCUCGCUUCAAGUUUUUUGAGACCUACAAGGAGCCAGAUAAGAAGCAGCGGGAGUUUCGCAUCACCCCACCAAGGGAUGGAGAUGAAGCAAGAGAUCCAUCUCCUGAGCUCCAUGCCCCAAAAAUGGAUGACAAAGAGAAAGACUUUGUGGAAUUGGUGCACUCUGACACCACCCGCAAGAUGUUGUCUAAGUUCAGAGAAUUGGAACAACGAGCUCAGCUUGAAGAAAAACCUGAAGGUCCAAAACCUCUUAAAUGCAUCACACCCCCACCUGACUACACAGAAACAUCAAGUGAGUCUGAAGAUGAGGAAGAGGAUGAAGAUGAAGAAGAGGAAUCUGAAGAAGAGUUGGAUGAAUUUGAAGAUGAAGCUCUUCGCCAUGCCAAGGGCUUGAAGCAAGCCAAGAGUUUACGGGAGAAAUUUGAGCACUGGGAAGACACAGUGGAAAAGAACAAUCAGCUGAAUCUUCUGGAAACAGAUCUGCCUUCCAUCGACACAACAAGGAAUCUCCGUGCCAAAUUUGAGUGCCUCCAGGUGGAAAGUCAAAAACCUAUUGAGAAGCCAAAACCCAAAGUGAACCGCUUCAUUAAUCCAAGUGUCUUUGAGUCAGUGUGUUUUGAUUUUGGGGGAUUGUAUUGCAUCAGGCCACAGAAGGAGAACAGUGUUGCCUCUGUGAGAUGCGAGUGUAUCAGCUGGAGCGUAUUGAAGCCAAUGGCCGCAUUUAUCACAGAACAUGCUUCAGGUGUUCCCAAUGCCGCUGCAUACUCAGGAACCAUGGCUCUCGGGAAUCUCCGAACGAAUCCAGGACAGAAGGGCCUCUUCGUAGAUGUGCACCAGCAACUUGGCGUUGAGGACGUCACGAAAGAGGAAAACCCUUCCGAACACGGAAGCAGCGAAGCAUCCCCACACGUGGAUCUUGGAGGAUGCAUCACGGUGCAGCUACGCCACACCCGCCGCGGAGCUGCGAAUAGGUAA